GGAUCCCUCCCUGACCCCACUACCACAGCUGGGACUCCUCUCUCCCGUCCUACAGACUCAGUGACGUCCAGAAAACCUCUUGGUUUAUAUUUCCAGCCGAUUAUAUCCAGAGAAAUCCUUGUUUCUUGCUGUGGCCUCGUGCCAGGAAUAGACGCUUCUUACAACAAUCUCCGGCUCCUGUAUCAAUGAGAUCCGCCGCACCGAGAGUUCUGUAGGUUCCUGAGGUUAUAGAAGCCGCCAGUUGGUGCAUGACUGCAGCCGCCAGAAACAUCCAAGAUGGCCGCCAACAAGAACAAAACCCAAAGUUCUCUGGUCCUACACAAAGUGAUCAUGGUUGGUAGUGGUGGAGUGGGCAAGUCUGCGCUGACCCUACAGUUCAUGUACGAUGAGUUUGUAGAGGAUUACGAGCCCACGAAGGCCGACAGCUACAGGAAGAAGGUGGUGCUGGACGGGGAGGAGGUGCAGAUAGACAUACUGGACACAGCCGGCCAGGAGGACUACGCUGCCAUACGGGACAACUACUUCCGCAGCGGAGAGGGCUUCCUGCUGGUCUUCUCUAUCACAGAACAAGAGUCAUUCAUCGCCACCAGCGAGUUCAGGGAGCAGAUCCUGCGUGUGAAGGCAGAAGAAGACAAGAUCCCUCUCCUGGUGGUGGGGAACAAGUCUGACCUCGAGGACCGGAGGCAGGUCGCCGUGGACAUAGCCCGGAGCAAGGCAGAGGAAUGGGGGGUGCAGUAUGUGGAGACCUCCGCCAAAACCAGAGCCAACGUAGACAAGGUGUUUUUCGACCUCAUGAGAGAAAUCCGAGCUAAGAAAAUGUCCGAGAACAAAGACAAGAACGGGAAGAAAAGCGGCAAAAGCAAGAAGAGCUUCAAACAACGAUGUUGUCUACUGUGACCGCCGCCGCCGCCACGCGCUGAGGACACCACCUGUGAAGGGCUGCUCUAACCCCCAAUCUCUGAUUUAUUAUUUUUUUUUCUAAUGCGACAUUUUAGUAUGUAAUUCAUUUAGCGCUCUAAAGACUAUGCGGCGAGGCCGGCGCCGGUCUCAUCUCCACCAUAUAAAACUCUGGGGUUUUACUUUCUCUUCCUAUAAAAUUUUUUUAUUUUUUUUUUAUUUUUUGCCAAAAGAGAACAAAUAUUUUUUUUUUUUUGUAUCACAUCAGAAAGUAAACAUUAUACUAAAAGAAAACAUUUUUUAUAGCGGCCGGUGAUUUUAACAGAAAACUGCGGAGUGUGCGAAUGCUCCGGCGCCACGUGAUUAGUGCCACAUCCCUGUCCAUAUCUGAGAACGGGGGAAUUACAAGGUCAGUAUUUACCCCACCAUGAGACCGCAGAGCGCGUACGAUCACUCCUAUCCUUCAUUGGCUGUUAAUGUGUAACUAUGAAUUUGUUGCGGCAGGAGUAGGGACACGCGUAGCUCAUCCGCAGCGUAUUUUUAUGGUUUGGAUGCGUCAGCUCCCUGCCGUGCCGUGUGCCCUGCGUGUCUGCUCGUAGCAGCAAGUCGGGACACAGGGAUCUGCAAGUCUGUAGUAAACUGCGCGUGUGUGUAGUCUACUCAGACAUUGCAGUCGCUCCCUUGCUUGCUAAACUAGGCCGAGCUCGCGCGCGCGAUGUUGGAAAGUAAACUGCGCAUGCCCUUGCAGUUUAUUGCAGACUAGCAGAUCCCUGUGUGUCUGCUGAAAGCAGUGGAUUGCUCCUAUGAGAAGACAUGCAGGACACGUAGGUGCAGCUUGGAGCUUACUCUAGGGCAGUGUUUCCCAACCAAUGUGCCUCCAGCUGUUGCAAAACUACAACUCCCAGCAUGCCCGGACAGCAAAAAGUUUGUGUUUCCCAAUUAGGGUGCCUUCAGCUGUUGCAAAACUAAAACUCCCAGCAUGCCCGGACAGCAAAAGGCUUGUGUUUCCCAACUAGGGUGCCUUCAGCUGUUGCAAAACUAAAACUCCCAGCAUGCCUGGACAGCAAAGGGUUUUUGUUUCCCAACUAGGGUGCCUUCAGCUGUUGCAAAACUAAAACUCUCAGCAUGCCUGGACAGCAAAAGGUUUUUGUUUCUCAACUAGGGUGCCUUCAGCUGUUGCAAAACUAAAACUCCCAGCAUGCCCGGACAGCAAAAGGUUUGUGUUUCCCAACUAGGGUGCCUUCAGCUGUUGCAAAACUAAAACUCCCAGCAUGCCCGGACAGCCAACGGCUGUCCGGGCGUGCUGGGAGUUAUGGUUUUGCAACAGCUGGAGGCACCCUGGUUGGAAAACACUGCUUUAGGGGCAGUCAUUGGCGCAUCCGGAGCAUAUUUUACGUGUUAUACCCUACACUCCCGGCAGGGUAGGGGACUUCCAGCUGUUCCGUAGACGUCUCGCUUUAGUAGCGGGCUGCGGUGCUGCCGGACGUUUCAACGUGUACACUUCCGCCGCAACAAAAUUACGGUCACCUACGUACCAAUGACCGCUUCCUCUGCACCCCGGUAACGCGUCACUCUUUAUACAUGCAGCAUUAAGUUGUACUUGUUGUUUUUUUGUUUUUUGUUGUUUCUUUGGUUCAGUUGCCAAAUUUCCUCUUGGUGCAAUUCUCUCUGCACUUUACAAAAGCCACUAAAAUUUUGCAAUGAAUAAAAAACAUUUUUCACUCACGGACGUGCGAGGAGAGACAGAGAUGUCCGCUCCUCCCCCGGGAGAAGCUUUACUGUUGGCAUUGUAGAAGUCAAAUGUGUUAUUAAAGGGGUACCCUGUAGGAAAAUUAUUAUUAUUUUUUUUUUUUAUAAACUGGUGCCAGAAAGUAAAACAGAUUGGUAAA